UUUUAUAAGAAAUAGGGUUAAAAGGAUUGUGUGUAACAGGGCUGGGCGAAAUCUAAGAAUAAAAAGCGAAGUGCGAGAAUGCGAAAGAUGCAAACGCGAAAGUGCGAAAUAAAAAUGCGAGUAUGCGAAACACGAAGGUACGAAAUAAGCCCAGCCCUGGUUUGUAAAUAUUAAAUUUUUAAAAAUCCUUCUGAAAUAAUUUAAUAUUUUUAUAUAAAAAAUAUUUUUUAAGGAAUUCGAUGGUCAUAUAGUUGGAGGAAGUAAAUCUUCCUUUUCUUCGUCCUCAUCUUCUUCGUCUUCCAUUUCUACCUCUCCAAUAGCUAUUUAUGGACACAUUAGAACAGCUAUGAAUAUCCCCGUUGAACGAUUAUUUUUAUCAACACCAAUUGGAAAUCAACGCCGUUGGGCUUCUUCAAAUGCCCAUUCCCGCUUAUUUGCCCGUCUUGGAUUAACAACUAAAAGACCUGUAGUUGUUUAUGAUGAACUUUCUUCCCUUCGAGCUGCUUCGGUUUGGGCAGCUUUGCAAAGAACAAAUUUCACUGCUUCCCUGUAUUUUGGGGCGUGGCCUGAAUGGUUAAUUAGAGCACCCGAUCAUUUAAAAAGUAUUCCUGAGUAG